CUUAACUGUGCAUCGCAACCCCGUUCUGCCCCAGACGCCUGACCACCAUGGCUGUUCGCUCCUCGCACGUUCUCCUCGUAGCUGCUGCUUUGUCACUUCUUGUGGCAACUGUCUACGCAGGCAGUUAUGCCCCAGUGGUCGUGUCUGCGAACCUGUUCGGGCGCAACGAGAUCCCCAAGAACAACACCAAGGUGGCCAGGGACGCCGUGGGCGACAUGCAGGGCCGCGCCAAGAUGCUGCUCACCAUCCACGGGGACGGCAAGGGCGCCUACACGUGGCUCAACUUCGUGGCUCGCGUGGCCCUCCUGCAAGGCGACAUGCCCCCCAUUAAGACACACGUUCACGCGGGCGCUAAGGGCAAGAACGGCGACCUGCUGGUGAAUCUCCCGUGCGAGUACAAGCAGUACAAGAAGCGCAACUACUGGCGCUGCGCCAGCUCGCUAGGCAAGGCUGCCGGGGAAAGCACUCCGGAGCUGCAGGCUGCGCUGAAGGCUAUCGUGGCGGCUCCUAAUCAGUUCUACGGGAAUAUUCACACCAAGAAGUACCCUGACGGUGCCGUGCGUGGGCAGCUGAAGAAGAAGGGAGCUUCGGCAUAGUUUCUGAAGUGCAGAAGCUCAAUCACUGGCAACCGUGGUGACAGCCCGUUCAUACCCUACAUACGUAUUGGUAGCAGCUUCUGCCUUGAUAAUCCAAUCCAAUGUACGGUGUCCUACCGUAAUCACCCGGAUAGACGCCCCUAGGGGCGUUUAUAGGACUGGUUUGAAAAGGUGGGGGGGCGUUUAAAGCCCCAGUCUCAUAUUUCUGGGGGAGCAACAAAAUUAUACGCUUGAAAACAGGGUAACCAUGCAGGGUUUUUGCAAAACACACGACAGGUGUUGGUUUGGAUUUGACAUGGAUCUGAUUGGCAGGAAAACA